CCACCCGCCCCCCAGAUAGGGAACUGAGCAGCUAGUCGUUUCUCUCCCAGCUGCCACUGGGCGCCACUUCCUUCCAGGUCUUUCACCAUUUCCUCUCCUCCUCGUCACCCUUUCUCGUUCACUCGUUUCUGCCCUGUCCUGAAGCAAAGGGGUUGCCACGUGCUGGUCCUGGGCUCAGACCCCCACACACACCCCAGCCCCACCUGCAGCUACGAGCUGGCCCCAGCUCUCCAGCCACGAGGCUGGUCUUUGUGCGUCCACCGCGUCUUCCGUCCCCUCUGCUCCGUAUCCAUCCGCCGAGCCCCGGCCCGGGACAAGGCAACCCAGACACCAUGGCCAUAUUGGGGGCCUGGCCCCAGCCGAAAAUCCAGCCUACACUCCUGCUUCUCCUGGUAGCUGCAGCCUGUGUACAGAUGUCGCCCAAAGGGAAGGAAAUGGCCAGCCCAGGGACCAGUGAGGAAAGCCGGCAUAUCAGUACCGGUCCGGAAACUGCCUCACCCCCUGCCAAAUUAGCCAGCAACAGCACCAAGCCUCCUGCCGAAUUAGCCAGCAACAGCGCCGAGCCUUCUGCCAAACUAGCCAGGAAUCCACCCACCACGGCACAGCAGGAACCCACCACCGCCCAGACGCUGGCAAUGAAGGAUUCGGCUGGGUCAGUGUCUCCAUCUGGCCUUCCCUCUACGGAGGCGAUCGUGGCCCUGAGUUCCGGCCUGGCCGGGGUGACGGCAGCAGGUCAUGAGCAGCCCGUCACGGAUCUGAAGCAGGAAGGGCUGAAGCAGCAAGUGGGCACGGUGGCAGGGAGCCCGGGUCGGGGGCAGGAGACUCAGACCGUGCCAGGCAUGGGCAGGCAGAGCACGAGCGCCCCCAUGGAGCCCGCCAAGGGCACCGAUCGGAGCGGGCACAGCCAGACCGUGCCAGCCAGCACCAAUCAGACCAGCCGCUACAGGGCCACCCCAGACCACGCCACUGGGCCCCGGGAGAACCAGCCCACCCCCACACUCUCGCCCCCUGCCCUCUCCCCCACCCCGCAUGCCAAGAAACAAAAGCCCAACUCCGAGGUUUUCACACCGAUACCGGCCUCCAGCCCCAGUCCCGUCACCCGCAAGCUGCCCGUGGGCAUCAUUGUGGUGCUGGUGAUUGUCGCCAUCAUGCUGCUGGUCCUGCUCGCCAUGGCGCUGUACUGUCGGAGCCAGCGGCGGUCCGGCUCCACCAGCUUCAGCAGGCCCGGCGAGUGGGCAGGGCCGGUCAGCCUGCCGGAGGAGAAGGGCGAGGGGCAGGCCGGGGCCGGGGGGCAGCAGGCUGGGCCGGGUGAAUCUAGGCGCCCCACACUGACCACCUUCUUCGGGAAGCGCCACUCCCGGGUGUCCUCAGUGGCCAUGGAGGACGUGGCUGGGGCCAAGGGCGAGGGGCUCCUUUCGGAGCCCCUGCUGGCCCCGGGGGAGCAGGGGGGCGACCCUGUGCCACAGGGGGCAGCGGAAGCCAACGGGACGGUGCCCAGACCCCCCUCACCCCCUCCGGAUCCCCCUGCCAAUGGGGAAUUCCCCCUGCCCCCUCCCAUGGAGCAGGAAGCCUUGCCCCCUCCCAUGGAGCAGGAAGCCUUGCCCCCCGUGUAAGCCCCACCCCUAAUUGCCUGCCCCACCCACAGCAC